CCUGUUUGCAGCCGAGCCCGCGUCUCGCUUCCCGAAGAAGAAAGAGCAGGGCAGGUAGCAAGAGGAAAUUCUGUUAUCUCAAAGACGGCAGUUAGAAAUUUUUGAAUGCUUGGCUGCUUUCCUUCCAAAUAGCUUUGUUGAAUGAUUCUUUUAGGCUGUUGAUACUGGACAGACCUAAAAAGACUUCUGCAGUGGUCCUCAAGGACUGACGCUGAAAAGGAGGAAGGCAAAAUAAAACAAAGCUAGCUUCUGCGGAAGAAAUGGCCCUCACACACAAAACAGAGGCAACCAAGGGUCUCCUAAAAGAAAACGUAGACCCGGAAAUAAAAAUGGAAGCGCAGUGUUCCUCAGGCCUUCAAUCUGGAGAAGGAAGGAAAAGAGAAGAUUUCCCAGAAACCGGGAAGAUUAAGCAGGAGUUUAUCUACCAAGUGAAAAAAGAGCCAGAGGAAGGGCCAUCUGGAAACUGGGAUGCCCAACUGCAGGAGUUCCUGAAGACGCUGCAGGCUCCUGAUGCCGGCAGAGACAGCCCUUCACUGGCCUGGGGUGACCCUAAAACCACCCAGGUGCUCUCUCAGAGGAUGAGGGAUGCGAGCAACUGUCCCAGAGUACUUUGGAUGACUCAGGCCCAGCCACCCCUGGCCGCUGAAGCCCAGGGGGACUAUGAGAGUUCUCAGGAAGCCGCACCGGGCGGGAGGGGGCAGAAGGGGGCCGGGAGUGGGCCUGGGGCCAGGGUGGAGAAACAGCGCCAGCAGUUCCGGGAGCUUUGUUACCAAGAGGCCGAAGGGCCUCGCAAACUCUGCAAGCAUCUCCAAGAACUUUGCCACGAGUGGCUGAAGCCGGAGAAGCACACCAAGGACCAGAUCUUGGAUUUGGUGACGUUGGAGCAGUUCUUGGCCAUCCUGCCUUCGAAUAUGCAGAGCUGGCUGAGAGAAAACGCUCCGAGGACCUGCGCCCAGGCCGUGUCGCUGGCAGAAGACUUCCUCGUCAGGCAGCAGGUCAAAGGAUGGAGCAAGCAGAUGAUGGGGAUGACAGAGGAGGAAUCUGAAAAGCCCCCCAAAGGAAACCAAGCUCUGUCGGAGAUGGUGAAGGCACGGCUUUUUAAGGAAGCCAAGCAAGAAGCCGGAGGGGAGGAAGGCUCACUGGUCGAUGGUUGGCCUGAGCCACAGAGGACAUCGCUGGGAACGGCUAGAGAGAAUUACUUCCUGGCUCCCAAUGGGACUCAACAUGGAGCAGAGCAGCAGGACAGAAACAAAAGCGAGGCAGGGACAGAGGAGGUGGAGGGCUCACAAGGGUUUUUCCAAGCGGCUCCUGAAUCCCCCUUCCUCAACACCAAGGGGAAGUACGACGCGGGGGGCCUCAGCCAAAGCUCCCACCUCGACGCGUGCGAGAACCCUGACCCGGAGGAGAAACGUUACAAGUGUUGGCAUUGCAGCCAGACCUUCGGCAGCAGCUCGGAUCUCUUGACUCACGAGAGGACCCACGUGGACGAGAAACUCUACAUCUGCUCCCACUGCGGAGAGAAGAAGAGAAUCCGCCCAGGGCAGUACUCCCGCAUCUGCUCCCACUGCGGGAAUAAUUUCGGCUGGAUCCCCAAGGAGAAGCUGGGCGCUGACCUAGACAAAUGCUUCAUGUGUUCGGAGUGCGGGAAAUGCUACAUUCGGCAGACGGACUGCCUCAAGCACCAGAAAACCCACAGCGGAGAGAAGCUGUUCAUUUGCACAGCCUGCGGGAAAAAAUUCAUCUCGUACACCUCCCUCAAAAUGCACCAGAUGGUCCAUCGUGGGCAAGACACUCACCAGUGUUUGCGAUGUGGGAAAUCCUUCAUGUCCCGGUCGCACCUGUUGCUGCACGAACUGGUCCACAAGAACAGCUCGCACUGCGGGAAAAGCUUCAGCCGCAAAGCAGAACUGGGGGAACAUGAGAAAACUCACACAGCCACCGAGUAGCCGUUCCACCUUCCUUGAACUAAUAGGAAGAACAUUUUCUUGAACCUCAGGCGACAAAGCCCACUUUGAAGGGACGGAGAGACACUUGAACUUUUAAAAGCCUUAGAUGUGGUCACUUACGAGCUCCCAAAUUUUAUUACCCAGGUAUUUUUCUUUUUAAAUAUGGCAAAAUUAAGAAAACAAGUCAAAACUUUUACUUAGAAAGUCAUGGUAAAAGGACUGUGGGGGAUUCCAAGUCGGAGUGUUUCUAAAAGUAGGAACACAGCAGUUCUCUGUAAUUGCGUAAAGCUGUUUUUGUCUUCCUAGGAUCCGGUGCCAGCUGAGAGGCAACUGUCUUGUUGCAGGAAAAGGCAUGGCUGUUUUGUAGACAGAUGCCACGUUGGCACUCCAAAUUUGUUUUUCAAGCGAUCAAAUCCGAAAUUAAACCGCAUGGUCCAGCUAUUACCUAAACUUGAUUGUAAUUAAAUUUAAAGACAAAUAAGUCAAACAGAGCAUUUUCAUGCUCCCGGUGCUACUUUUUAGAGAUCACACAAGCAGCACUCCAAGCUUUUUCUCCUUAGGAGAAAAAAAAAAUGCAUAGAUGAAUUUUUGUUACAGAAUCAUAGGGACCUUGGAGGUCUUUUAGCUCAACCCCCUGCCCGUUGAUGAUUUCAUAUAAAAAGAAACAACGCCUUUUUGAUGUAGCUGUAAACUCUUAAGUUGGUUUGUGAACCACAUUUAAAAUGCAAAACUACUUAAUUUUUUUUUUUUUAAAGUAGGAUUUACAUGUUCGAAAUGUUUGCAGAAAGGGACACAUAUUAGUAAAAGAAAGCUCUUUGGCCUGUGAUGGCACAGCAUAUGGUAGUAACAUCUUCAUUUAUUUGCCCAGAAAUGUUUUGUGGAAAAAUGAGAUGACAGACAGGGGCUGAUGCCACAGGUCUCAUGGAACUAGAUGCUGCACCUCGACAUUGUAUUUUUAAAAAGGAAAAAAAAAAGUCCAGCAAUGCAGCAGGAUGGGGGCAUUGUGGGCAGGCUGAACUGGGAGAAGCCUUCCCCAGCCCAGAUCCAGAUGUUUUGAAACCACAAUACCCAGAAUUCCUAGCAAGGAUGUUCCUUGGCCAAUUGUUAGACAAUUCUGGGAGUUUCCAAGGCAGUGAGAAGUUUUUCUUUCUUUCUUUCUUUCUUUCUUUCUUUCUUUCUUUCUUUCUUUCUUUCUUUCUUUCUU